AUGACCCACCGAAGCUUAAGCUACAGUGGAUUGGAUGAAAUCGACCCCGGGCUCCAACGCCCACGAAGCACUCCAAUCCAAUUCCAGAACAGAUCAACGGAAAGACAGGGAGAGCCGAGAACAUGGAUCGCGCCGUCGAACCAUUCGAUCCCCAAAAAUCGAACUCCAUCUGCCACGAGGACCUUCCACCAAACGGGAUUCGAUAACUCAACAGAACAAGCUCGGAGGCAUGAUCUUCGCGGUCCCGUCAAUAUCGAUCCCCAAAGGGAAGACCUAGGGAUCCCGAAUGAAACCAGAGCGUUUCAGAAUUAUAUCGAGAGGAACGAUGCCGAGCUGAAAAGGAUACAUGCGAUCGUGCAUAUGGCAACAAGCUCUGUCCCAGAUAUCGACAUGGUCAUCGAGGAAACCAGAAGGACUCCAUUUACAAACAGAAUCGCCAGCGUCAGGCUGCAUCACGUCGGGAAGUUAAAAUUCCCUGAAUAUGCAGGAAACACGGACCCAAAGGCCCACGUACGAGCCUUCUGUUUGGCAAUAUCGAGAGCACACCUCAACGAUGAAAAAGAGGCCAGUUACUGCCGCUUCUUCGCCGAGAGCCUCACGGGGGCCGCCCUCGAAUGGUUUGCUGAAUUAGAAGAAAACUCGAUUGACAAUUUCACUCAGUUGGUAUCUACGUUCCUCAAACCGUAUUCAGUCUUCAUAGAGACAAGAGUUACCGAGGUAGAUCUUUGGAAUCUCAAGAAAGCACCUUUCGAGCCAUUGAGAGCGUACAUAAACAAGUUCCGAGAAAUCAAGGCCAAGAUUUCGCAUCCGAACGAGGUCGUCGCCUUAGCAGAAUUGAAGAACGGCGUCUGGUUCUCAUCCAAAUUUAGGGACGAACUAGCAGUACGAGCACCUAUCUCGUUGGAUGACGCCCUACACCGAGCCUCUUACUUCGCCACCCACGAAGAGGAGGUCGCAACCUUAAAAGAACAGUAUAGCGCGAACAAGAAUAAUGCGGCUAAAAAGCCUACUGCUUCUAAGGAGCCGGCGACCAAAGGACAACAUUCCUAUGCAAUAAACAGCUCACCGCAAAAGUCUUCGACAUACGACCUCAGCAAAUAUUGUGCCUUCCAUGACCGCAAAGGCCAUUCGACAGAAGAAUGUCGAGCCGCGCUUAGCAGUCAGAGCGAAAAUAAGAAAACCACUGAAGAAACCGGAGAGGAAGAGUAA